AUACCGUAUUACUGUGGUGUUUGUUUUAAAUUGUUAAAAACAUCUGUGGCGCUUAAUCAAGGGUGGCGGUAAUUAGAAGUACUACGGGUUUCGAAUGGCUCCAUUUUUAUUGCUGUUUUUACUGUAUUGAAGGAGGUGUAUAUUUAAGUUUAUUUCUGCGGCUACAACUUGGUAAAGAAGUCAUACCACUUAGCUUUGAAACUGAAAGCUGUCGAGUUCGCAAAUCAGAAAAGGAAAAAAAAAAUGUACAUGUUUCAUUAUUGAGAGCGGCCUUUAUUCAGGGGCGGCUUCUAUUAGAAAUCUGAUAUCUGAGUGCGGCGCUUAGUCAAGCGGCGGUAAUUCAAGCAGUACACGUACAUUGGAUUUAUUCACGGAAAUAAAAAGAUCUAUUUCUUGGACAAGUAAAGAGGAGACGUGAAAAGUGAAACACGAACAAUGCAUUCCUCCAGCCUGAGAGACUGCAAAGCUUGGCAGUCUGAGGGCCUACUCCUCUCCACUUCCAGCAAUGAAGCCUGUAAAAUGUAUGACGCUGCCCUGACCCAGUAUGUAAGCUGGUGCAACGACAAGAGUCUUGGAGGAUUGGAAGGAUGCGUUUCCAAGAUGCAAGCAGCAGACCCAAGCUUUGUAAUGGGCCAUGUCAUUGCCAAUGGCCUGGAACUAAUAGGAACUGGGCGCUCAGUGUUACUGGAUAAAGGGCUAGCCAGUGCGGUCCAGAAGACAGUGGAGCUUUCGAAGACACAGGCAGUCACAGAGAGGGAGCGGCUUCAUGCAUUGGCUGUGGAAAUGUUUGCUAAAGGGUGUUUCCCCAGAGCCUGUAACUUGUGGGAGACGAUCCUUCUGGACUACCCAACUGAUAUGCUGGCACUCAAGUUUGCGCACGACUCCUAUUUCUACAUGGGGUACCAGCCACAGAUGAGAGAUUGUGUUGCUCGUGUCCUACCUCACUGGAAACCACAUAUGCCACUAUAUGGAUACCUGAAAGGCAUGUAUGCUUUUGGAUUGGUGGAGACAAAUUUAUAUGACCGGGCAGAAAAAAUGGCAGAAGAGGGUCUGGCUCUGAACCCCGGCGACGCCUGGUCUGUGCAUUCCAUCGCACACGUCUAUGAGAUGAGGGCUGAGGUGGAGAGGGGCUUGAAGUUCAUGGAGCAAACUGAAAACAACUGGAAGGGCUGUGAUAUGCUUGCUUGUCACAACUACUGGCACUGGGCGCUAUAUCAUAUUGAAAAGGGUGAAUAUGAAGCUGCCUUAACAAUAUUUGAUAACCAAAUUUCUCAGAGUUUGCUGUCCUCAGGAGCCAUGCUGGAUAUGGUGGAUGCUUGUUCAAUGCUCUACCGACUCCAAAUGGAGGGUGUGAACGUUGGUGACAGAUGGAAGGAGGUUGUUAAGGUCACCAAGUCGCAUGCAGAGGACCACGUUCUGCUUUUCAACGAUCUUCACUUCCUGAUGUCAUCACUAGGAGCCAAGGAGGAGGAAACUACCGGUCGGGUGAUGGUGUCUCUACAGGAGCGUGUGAAGGCUCCAGGAGAAAACUACCAGCAUGCAUUAGGCCAGGACCUGGGUCUCCCCAUGUGUGAGGCUGUGGUGGAGUUUGACAAUGGAAACUACAGCAGAACUGUAGAACUGCUGCACCCCAUCCGGUACCAGAUCAAGGGGAUUGGAGGAAGUGAUGCACAGAGGGAUAUCUUCAAUCAGCUGUUAAUUCAUGCAGCUCUAAAAUCUGAGGAUAAAACUCACCAGAAACUAGCCAGAAGCCUGCUAGUGGAACGAGAUGCUUUCAGACCAAACUCUCCUCUGACAGAUCGCCUCAUCCGAAUGGCCACAGCGAUGCAUGGACUGGGUUAGAUCUAAACACACAUAGCUGUCAGAACCAGGCGACUGGAAGCUGUAUUAACUUUUUUCACUUUGUAUAAAAUCCUGCAAAUUCAAUUUCUGCAAAAAUGAGAAAAAAUGACCUUGUAUUGCAGCAAAUCUUUACACUUCAUGAGAAGGUAUGCAAAUUAUCAAAUACAAGAGUAAAGAAACCAAUAGUUCACCACUUUACAGAAACAGCCAACCAUGGGUGACCUCCAGUUUGUAGUUUUAGAAAACAUAAUUAGAUAAUGUACAAUACAGAAGAAUAAAAGAAAAUAAAUGGAUAAACAGACUAGAUACUAUGAUGCCUGAAGGUUUAAAUCGAAAGGAACAGUAGAUCGUUCCAUCAUAUAAUGGCUAUAUAAUGAAUGACAUCACUAAGACAUUAGAUUAAAAGAGAAAUAAACAUAUGGUUACCAUGGCAUCAGAAGACUAUAAAUACCUCCAAUGUUUGUUUUCAAAUACACUUCCCCUUGACAGAGGUAUGUUAAACAUACCAAAACGUUUGGAAGUUGGCUCUUUGAAGAUUGUGAAUUACUUUUUGUUCCUCUGCAAUUGGGGAAAAAAAGGACGACAACAUAUGCAAAAUGGUGUAGACUAUAAUGCCAAUAAUAAACCACUAUUAAAAUCUGAAAUAUCAUUUUGCGUUGUGCAUGCUACCAUAUAAAUAACUAAUUAGCAGAUUGCCAUCACUCCACUAUACAUUCACUUCAUUAAUCUGCAGCGAUCCUCCAUUCCUGCUUCAAGUUUUCAGCCAUCGGUAGUUUUCCUUAUAAAAUAGAACUAAUUUCAUCUUCUAUUUGGGAUAUUAGUAUCUGUGAGAGAAAGAUUCCUGCAAUCUGAAAAAAAAGGAUUGAACCUUAGACCUAACAUUAAAAACAUCUUCUCAUUUUAGAGACAGGCCCUCAAACAGAAUGCUCUUACGUAGCCCUAUUAACUGCUAUUGCUUCAGUAAGUACAUUGUCACUGCUACCAAAUUGUGUUUAACUCUGUGUGUCCAUCAGAUACUGUUGUAAGAAUUACUGAUUACGCUCAACAAGUCUUAGCGUCUAUGUUCCACAUAUGUAGAAGUGAAUUACAAACAUUCAUUUGCUUGUCGUGCUCCAACUGGGGGGAAAAAAUCACUGAAUCAAGGCAUCUUUAUAAGUGUUUCGUUUUCAGCAUUUAAUGGAACCCCCUGUAACUGGUUUUAAUGCAUUACUGUUCUCAUGAAAUAUGUGAUUUUAAUUGUGUAUAAAAUGUCUGUUGUGUGAAUAAAUUAAUGUGAAUCGUG